AAUAUAAUUGAAACAAGAAUUGGUAAACACAGUUGGAAUAACAGAAAAUUUCAGUGAAAAUUCAUCCUCAAUUUCUUCUUAGUCUUUUUUUUUUUUUUGUGCCAAGUAAAGAAAAAAAGAAGCAAAGUCAAUUGAAAAAGCUAAUCUAUCUUCUCUGCUAAGUCUCCAUUAUUCUUCUGAUUUCCCCAAUUCAUCAUGUUCCAAAAAUUCUGGAGUGGGCAGCAACGUCCUCAGGAGGUUAAUAAUGAAUCGUGGUAUCCACAAUCUGUUGGAAGCUCUCAGUCUCCCGGGUCUUCCCGCCCCGGAACUCCUAGUCCAAGCUCUUCAGGCAGUUCUGGUUUCCAAAGACCAACAGAUAGGCCAAGCUCAGCUUCACAUGGUUCUCCUGCAGAGGCUGCAGUCAUUAUUAAUGCUUUAAAAGAUAAAAGCAUCGAGGAGCUAAGGGACCUUUUAACUUACAAGGAUGCAUAUAAGAAUGUAUUACUGUCACUUGAGCCGGUCAAAACUCAGAAUAAAGUCAGAGAUGAGCUUCGGAAUGAAACUCUGCAGCUUGCUAGGGAAAAUUUAGAAAAAGAACCGCGGAUAAUGGAGCUUAGGAAUCAGUGCAGAAUCAUCCGCACCACUGAAUUGGCUGCUGCUCAAGAAAAGCUGCAUGAACUGGAAAGGAGAAAAGAAGAGCUCUUAAAGUUUUACUCUCCUGCAUCACUCCUCCACCGGCUGCAAGAUGCCAUGAGAAAAACAGAUGAGGAAUCUGAAAGCCUGGACAAACAACUUCUCGAUGGGGAGAUUGAUCUUGCCACAUUUGUGCAGAAGUACAAAAAGCUGCGACACAGUUACCACAAACGCGCGCUCACACACCUUGCCGCAAAGACAUCUGUAACUGGCUGAAUGUUAAUAUGAUGUGUGUGAAUAUUAUAACUGAGGUUCCCUUUGCUUCUAAAACCGUGUGUGCCACAUAUUGCUUCAGAUGUAAUUUUGUGACUAAUUUCUGCCAAGCUUUGGCCUUCACUGUGUAGUGUGCUUGAUAUAAGAGGACUAGUAAAUUACUGUUUUUACAAGACAAUUAAGUUAUAGUAACUAUGAUAGAGAUGUUAGAAAAUGGUCA